CCUUGGGAUAAAAUUGGAAGGGGAUUUAGUGGCUAAGCUUAAUUUACCAUUUUGCCAUUAUUCCUUUUUCGAUUAAAACGUUUUCCCUUCCAAACGUCUUCUUACGAGAGAGAGAGAAAGUAUCUAAAAUUAAGCUUUGUGUUUGAAAUCGAAAUCGAAUCGAGAAGAAGAGAAUCUCAAUGGAAGCUGAUGACGAUUUCUACAGCGGCACCGAAAACUACUCCGAUUACGCCGACUCCGACGAAGAUGACGCCGACGGCGAGUACGAGUUCGUUGACGACGCUGCUGAUGAUUCCGAUGACCUUAUCUUCCGUCGCCGCCAGCAAAAUUAUAGUGUGUUAAGCGAAGCAGAUAUUUGUAAGCUUCAAGAAGAUGAUAUUUCAAGGAUUUCUACUGUUUUGUCCAUUUCGAGGAAUUCAUCUGCGAUCCUGCUUCGUCACUACAAUUGGUGUGUGAGCAGAGUUCAUGAUGAAUGGUUUGCUGAUGAGGAAAAGGUUCGAGAUGCUGUUGGUUUAUUAGAGAAACCUGUUGUUGAUUUCCCAACUGAUGGAGAACUUGAUUGUGGAAUUUGUUUUGAGACUUUCCUUUCUGACAAAUUGCAUGCUGCUGCUUGUGGUCAUCCAUUCUGCGACUCAUGUUGGGAAGGUUAUAUCACCACAGCGAUUAAUGAUGGUCCAGGGUGUCUUACAUUACGAUGUCCAGAUCCUUCUUGCAGAGCUGCUGUUGGUCAGGAUAUGAUCAAUUUGCUAGCUCCUGAUAAAGAUAAGCAAAAGUACACUAGUUAUUUUGUCAGAUCAUACGUUGAAGACAAUAGAAAGACCAAGUGGUGUCCCGCUCCUGGCUGUGACUAUGCUGUAAAUUUUGUUGUUGGAAGUGGUAAUUAUGAUGUGAAUUGUCGCUGCUGUUACAGUUUCUGCUGGAAUUGUGCUGAAGAAGCUCACCGUCCUGUAGAUUGUGACACUGUUUCUAAGUGGGUAUUGAAGAAUAGUGCUGAGUCGGAGAAUAUGAAUUGGAUUUUGGCAAAUUCCAAGCCCUGUCCAAAAUGCAAACGGCCAAUAGAGAAAAACCAGGGUUGUAUGCAUAUUACGUGCACCCCACCAUGUAAAUUUGAGUUCUGCUGGCUUUGCCUUGGGGCGUGGACAGAGCAUGGUGAGAAGACAGGUGGCUUUUAUGCUUGUAACCGUUAUGAAGCAGCAAAGCAAGAUGGCAUUUAUGAUGAGACUGAAAAACGCCGAGAGAUGGCAAAGAACUCUCUUGAGAGAUAUACCCACUACUAUGAGAGAUGGGCAACCAAUCAAUCGUCUAGGCAAAAGGCGCUGCUGGAUCUUAAGAAGAUGCAAACAGAUGAUAUUGAGAAGCUCAGUGACAUACAGUGUCAGCCUGAAUCACAACUGAAGUUCAUUAUAGAAGCAUGGUUACAGAUAGUUGAAUGCAGACGAGUUCUAAAAUGGACAUAUGCCUAUGGUUUUUACAUACCUGACCAGGAGCAUGGAAAAAGAGUGUUUUUUGAGUACUUGCAAGGCGAAGCUGAGUCGGGCCUUGAACGACUUCAUCAAUGUGCUGAAAAAGAGCUGCUACCAUACUUAGAUGCCAAAGGUCCAAGUGAAGAUUUUAAUGAAUUCCGCACAAAACUGGCAGGUUUAACAAGUGUUACCAAAAACUAUUUUGAGAACUUGGUUAGAGCGCUGGAGAAUGGGCUAUCGGAUGUGAACUCGCAUGAUGCAUAUGAUCGAACUUCAAGUUCAAAGAGCUUAGGGGGGAAGACUAAGGGAUCGAGUUCUAAAGCCAGCAGCUCCGAUUCAAGCCAUUGGCCUUGUGAAUAUUGCACUUACGUAAAUCCAAGGUCGACCACCAUUUGCCAAAUGUGUGAACAUGGCCGGUGAAAUGCCAGAAACUGGCAUUAAAGACUGUAAUAGUAAUGCUUCGUCGCUUUUGGUCAUAAUUAUGAUCAAGUGUCGUGUAACUUUGUAUGUUUCUCGUAUUAGAAUAAACGGGUCCAAUAAAUUGGAUUAGAUUGGCCAUUAUUAUUGAUUUGCCAAUGACCAAAAAGUGAAAACAUGAGAGGUGAGUUAUAUAUAAGUUCUUACAAAAUAAUUGUAAAACUUCUGUAAGUUUUUUUCUAAUCUUUUGUCCAGACAAUCUAAUUUUUGUAACGCCUGCUGAUUUCUAUUAUUAUUCUAGAAUAUACAAAAUCCAGAAAAAGAGAUUCAAGUAACGAA